AUGGCAGCACCAAUUAUACGAAGGGCGUGCAUUUUCACAAGAUACCAUACUAACAUUGCUACCACAGUGCCGUCCUCUUCGAAGAAAAUGCUCGAAAAGUCAUUCGCAAUGCACGCCGACAACGUAACCUACGACCUCGAAGACAGCGUAGCACCACACAUGAAAUCCGAAGCACGCUCCAACCUCCGCGACAUCCUCAACAAGCAGCGACCCAGCGGCAUAAAAGAAAUGUGCGUACGGAUAAACAGCGUAGAUACCGGUCUAGCGCUGGAUGACUUGACAGAAGUGCUCAAAGGCGAGCAUCUCGAUGCUAUUAUGCUGCCAAAGUGUGAAAGCGCCGCGGAUCUACAUUUUGUCACAGAUGUGAUACGGCAUCUUUCCCCAGAGCGACAUCCCAGUGCGGGGAAACAAGGAACGAGGGAACCGGUGCGCAUAAUAGCGUUGAUAGAAAGCGCAAAAGCGAUACAGAACUUGAGUUCAAUCUGUGCUGCUUCGCCUUACAUCUCCGGACUUGUCUUCGCAGCAGAGGACUUUGCAAAGGAUAUGAGUCUCACACGCACACCUUCACUCAUGGAGUUCCUCUACGCAAGGAGCGCAAUUGCGACGGCGGCUCGAGCUGCUGAACUUCCCAGCACCAUUGACUUGGUGUGUACGAGUUACAAGGGGGAGCAAGGACUCAAGACAUUAGAGGAAGAGUGCCUGAAUGGAAAAGGGUUAGGCUUCAACGGCAAGCAAUGCAUACAUCCAAGUCAAGUCGCGGUGUGCCAUAAAGCCUUUAGCCCUGGGGAAAAGGAGCUGGAGUGGGCGACAAGGAUAGUUAUAGCGGAUGAGAAGGCAAGUAAAGCUGGACGAGGCGCCUGGACAUUGGACGGCAAGAUGAUCGAUGCGCCGGUAGUGAAGAAAGCGCAUGCAGUGCUUAAACAUGCCGAGGUAUGUGAAAUGGACGUGAGUGCUGUCAAGGAGACAUGGAAGGGACAGGAGCCCGAGUAG